AAAUUAACAUUAAUGUUGUCAUAUCAUAAUAUUAGCAAGUUUAUAUGAGGAAAUCUUGCUUUUCAUCGUUUUCAUAUAAUUAUACGUUAAUCAAUAUUGUGUUAAUAGAAAAUAUUACAUUGAUAAUUAUAUAUAAAUAUAUCAAACAAUUAUAAUUAGUAACAAUUAAUCAAUAUUUCAUUAUCAUAUAAAAUCUAUUAAAUUUAAACUAAAAAUAAUAUCAAUAUAUUAUGUAUCAUAAAAUAUAGAAGUAAAAUUUCAUAUAAUUUUGUGACAUAAUGAAAUUAUAAAAUUAAUGUUUAAAAUUAUGAAUUAAAUUUAGAUAAUAAAAUAAAAUAACAUUUUGUUUAAUUCAAGAAAUCAAAAAGUGUAUAAAGAAAUAAAAGUGUAUUAAGUAUUUAACGUUUAAAUCAAAAGAAAGCUAUUAUUAUGGUAGCCCAUGUUAUGUGUUUAACCUCUACUGGAGGAAUUCCUUUAUUUUCUCGUCAAAAAGGAGAAGGAGAUACGAUGACAUUUUCAAAAAUAGCAUCUCUAUAUGGGAUACACAUGUAUCUUAAAUCACAAAACAUUAAACUUUUAAAUACAAAUUUACCCGACACUAUGAUAAUGUGGAAAGAGUUUGAACAAAGUAUUACAUUAAUAGUUAUUGCAAGUGGAACUACUAAAUCUGUAUUGGAAAAAUUUCUUAAUGCUGUUUUUGGUGCAAUGAUUUUAUUUGUUGGUAUUGAAGAAUUAAAAAGUACAAAAAAUAUUGAAAAAUUAAAGAAAGAUAUCCGUUUAUGUAAUCCAAUUGUUGAUAGUUUAUUGGAAUGUCUUGAUGUUGGUGAUGGAAUUUGUUCAAAAACUGAUAUUAUCAAUAUGACAGAAUGUAUAAUGUGUCAAGAAAAUACUUUAUUUCAGACAUGCUUAGAGGGUUAUAUGGAAUGUCUGGAUUCUAUAUAUGGGUGCAUUUUAAUACAUGGAUGUUUAGCAGUAGCUACAGAAGGAUGGUGGAAUUUAAAUCCUAUUGAAAGGAAAUUAUUAAUAACAGCUAUAAAUACAGAAGAUACUUAUACCACAAGAGACAUUCCAGUAUUUUUACCUUAUAAAAGUCCAAAUGUAGCUUUUAGAUUAGUAUCCAUUACAUUAAUCAAUCAAGUUGAAGUAUUAGCCUUAUGUGGACCAAAUCCAGAUUUAUCAGAAAUUGAAAAACUUGCUAUACAAUGUUGGAAGAAUAGUAUUGAUGCUUUACGCAAUGCAGAACAAUGCUACCCACGAAAUUUACCUUUAUCUAUAAAUCUAGAUACAGAAACGCUUGGAUUUCUUUUAACAAAUUAUAAAGCACAAAAAUUUAUUCUUGGUAAAAAUAUGCAAUAUGCAAAAAACAGAGUCAGUGGUUCUCAUAGAUUGGAUAUAUUAAGAACAUUUUAUCAUCAAGCUGUUGAAACUUAUAUAUUAUCUUCAGAAUCUGAAUAUAAUUCAUCAAGUGAUAAUUGGAAAUUUGUAGGUGCAAAAGAAACUUAUUUAUGUUCAGAAUAUCAUAAAUGUUAUGCAGUUAAAGAUGGUGAUCAUAUACUUUGUAUUUUAUGUACCUCCACAGUUCCUACUCAUACAGUAAGAAUGAUUUGUCAAAAAAUGUUAAAAGCAUUACUUAUUGAUAAACAAGGAUGUUGGUAAAAAUUUAAUGUCAAUUCCUUUUUAUAAUACUCACUUUGUUAUAAUAUACUCUUUUAUUAUUGUCAUAUUUGUUCACUUUUGUAUUGUAAUAUUGUUUUUAUUAUAAACAAAUACUAUAUAAAUAUUAAAAUAGUAAUAAAUAUUUUAAAAAAUUAAUAGAAAUAAAGAUAUAAUAUGACAAUUAUUUGUAAAAUAAAUGAAAUUAAAUGUAUUGUAUUAGUAUAAGAUCAUUUCUUGUUUAGUAAUUUCAACUUUUCAAUUUUAUCAUUCAUUGCAACAUGUUCGAUCAUAUUUGCGCACGCGCUAUUAAUUUACUUGUGCAAUAUGUAACCCUAGAUAAUAUAUAAUAUAGAGAAUCCAACUAUAACAAUAUUUGAUGAAAAGUUUCGACAAAAUAUUACUUAAGUAAUCAGUUAAUGCAGUAAUUAUUACACAAUUAGUAUAAAUUUAAAAAUAUUAUAGAAUAUAUAUUUUUUUACAUUUUUACAUUUUAAUGAACAACUCAUAAAUUGGCUUUUUUAAACAAUUAAUACUGAUAAAAUUGAUAUUUAACGAUGAGUAGUAUAACAAAAAUUGCAUUUGAAGUACAAUUGUAUGAUACAACAAAUUUUUAUAUAGGGUUAGGUUUAGCAAUUAGUUCUAGUAUUUUUAUAGGUUAGUUGAUGUUAUAAUUUUAAUUAUAUAUUUAUUCAAAAUAAAUAUUGUGCAGUAUUAUAAUUAUUUAGGAGCUAGUUUUAUUAUUAAAAAAAAAGCAUUGAUUCGACUUCAAAGACGUGGAUCAUUACGAGCUUCGUCUGGAGGAUUUGGAUAUUUAAAAGAAUGGAUGUGGUGGACUGGUUUUUUAUCAAGUAUAUAAAACAAAAAUUAUUUAAUUAUUUAAUACUUUUAUUUAAUUAUCUUUAUUAAGAAAAAUAUUACUUUUUAAAGUGGGAAUAGGAGAAGCAGCAAAUUUUGCUGCUUAUGCAUUUGCACCAGCAUCAUUAGUAACCCCGUUAGGAGCACUUAGUGUUUUAAUAUCUGCAAUAUUAGCAUCAAAAUAUUUACAUGAAAAACUUAAUUUGCUAGGAAAGGUAACAAUAUAAUAUUACAUGAGAUAUUACUAUUUAUAAUUUUCAUAUAUAAUAUAAUUUUUCAUUUGAAUAAUUGAUAAAUAUAUUUAUUAUUAUUACAGAUUGGUUGCCUUUUGUGUAUCUUGGGUUCUACAAUUCUUAUAAUUCAUUCUCCAAAGGAAGAAGAAAUCAGUACAUUAAAUGAGCUUUUAGAUAAGGUUAAGGAUCCAGGAUACAUUAUUUAUAUAUUAACUGUGAUAAUAUGCAGUAUUUUAAUUAUUUUUUAUUUUGGUCCUAUAUAUGGAAAACAAAAUAUUAUAGUAUAUAUUUGUUUAUGUUCAUCUAUUGGUUCAUUGACUGUUACAAGUUGUAAAGGAUUGGGAUUAGCUUUGAAAGAAACUAUUUUUGGAUUUAGUAAUGGAUUUUCAAAUUGGUUAACAUGGGCUUUUUUAUUUAGUGUUAUACUUUGUGUUAGCAUACAAAUGAAUUAUUUAAAUAGAUCACUUGAUUUAUUUGAAACUACAAUUGUUACACCUAUUUAUUAUGUAUUUUUUACGACAUUAGUAAUAAUUGCAUCUGCUAUAUUAUUUAAAGAAUGGGAAAAUAUGAGUGCUGAAGAUAUUUUAGGCUCAUCUUGUGGUUUUUUAACUAUAAUAAUUGCAAUAUUUCUAUUAAAUGCAUUUAAAGAAAUGGAUAUAUCUUAUGAAAAUAUUAGACGUAUGUUACAGCCUAAACGAAAAUUAUUCAUAAAUAGUAACAAUCAAUGGAAUAAUAGAGAUGAGGAAAGAUUAAUAACUAGGUUGGAAACAGAAUUAAAUCAUACAUAUGGAGCUCAAGCUUUAACAAGAACUAUAUAGUUCUAUAAAUAUAUAAAAUAUAAAAAUAUGAAUAAUUUUUUAUCAAAUUUAAUUUAUGACUGUAUAAAUAAUAUAAAUAACUGUGUAAAUAUAUUUAUUAGAUAAUGUAUGUAUUAGAUAUUAAAAUAAAUUUAAUUAAUAUUCAUAAUUUUAAA